UCGGCGCGUCGGUCGGCCAUCUUGGGUCGACGGCGCGCGCGGCGGUGCCGACGCGGCCGCGCCAGUCAGCGAGACGCGCAGCCAGCCGGCGGGGCCCCGCUGCGUCCCACCGCCGCGCCGGCCGUGUGAGCUCCGUCCCAGUGGUGGUCAGUGUGACAGAGCCGUCCGUCCGUGCAGGAGGAGGAGCAGAGCGGCCAGCGAGCCGGCCGACCCCACACCGCAGCCAGGAUGAUCGACCCCAGCUCCUCGGAGGAGGAAGAGGAGGAGGAGGAGGAGCAGGAGAAGCCCAUGGUGGCCACGGCCGCCUCGGCGCUCGAGGUCACCCCCAACACCAACUCGCUGAGUCGGGGCGCCAGGUCCAUCUCUCCUGCCAGCGGUAUCUCGGCCGACACACUGAGUGUCGGCAACAGUACCCUGGGCAGCGGCAGUAUGAGCCGACACAACAGCAUCCCUGGCAGGCCGACAUCGCCGUCACCGUCCCAGGCCAGCGAGAAAACCGUCACCGAACACGAUCUCCAGGAUAAGCAGGAGCGUGAGGAGGAGGAGCGUAAGAAGCGACUCCAGCUGUACGUGUUCGUGCUGCGGUGUAUCUCCUAUCCGUUCAACGCCAAGCAGCCCAAUGACCUCACUAAACGCUACCAGAAGGUCACCAAACAGCAGCUGGAGGUCAUCCAGGGGAGGUUCCAGAGUUUUCUGCGUGGAGAGCUGCAGAUAGUUGCCGACGAGGCGUUCCAGAAUGCCAUCCACAGCUUCACGGAGGCGGUACUGCGCUCGGAGCGUCUGGCCAGGAUGGUCCAGUCGGGCGCCUGCUCACAGCACGACCUCAAGGAGAUCUUCAAGAACAUGAUUGAGAAACGCGUCAGGUGUUUGCCGGAGAUCGAUGGCCUCAGUAAGGAGACGGUGCUCACAUCCUGGAUGGCCAAAUUCGACUGCAUCCUCAAAGUUCCGGGAGACGAGGAACAGCGGAAGCCGUCCCGACUGCAGAACGCCGCCAACUCCGAGCUGAUCCUGAGCAAGGAGCAGCUUUACGACAUCUUCCAGAACAUCCUCGGCGUGAAAAAGUUCGAGCACCAGCUCCUGUACAACGCACUGCAGCUGGAUUCUGCCGACGAGCAGGCGGCCGCUAUCCGGCGCGAGCUGGACGGUCGGAUGCAAAAGGUGGCAGAAAUGGAGCGGAAUCGCCGUCUCAUGCCAAAGUUUGUUUUAAAAGAAAUGGAAUCGCUGUACAUCGAGGAGCAAAAAUCAGAGAUCAAUAAGCUGAUGGUGAAUUUGGAAUCUUUGCCAGUCUCUAAAGGCUCUACAGACUCAAAAUACGGCCUUCAGAAGCUAAAGAAGUACAAUCACAGCUCCAGCUUCAGGGGCGAUUGGAACGGGCACUCCGGUUCCUUAGCCCAGGAAAGCUUGUUAGAUGAUUCAAAGCCAGUGAGCUGCUGGUUUAACCGGCGGCGUAGCUCAGUGCUAAGGUCACAGGCUUCCAUUUCUAGGGCGGAGGGCGACAGUCUCGACGCGGACACGACGCUUUCCAAGAUGGACGUGGUGCUUUCAUUUACUCUGGAGGUAGUGGUGAUGGAGGUGCGUGGCCUCAAGUCGCUGGCGGCCAGCAAGAUCGUCUACUGUACCAUGGAGGUGGAGGGUGGCGAGAAGCUGCAGACCGACCAGGCGGAGGCUUCCAAACCCAUGUGGGACACCCAGGGCGACUUCACCACCACCCACCCGCUGCCGGCCGUCAAAGUCAAACUCUACACCGAGGCGGCCGGCAUGCUCUCCCUUGACGACAAGGAGUUGGGCAAGGUGGUGCUGCACCCCACGCCCUUCACGUCCAAGAUGCCGGAGUGGCACAAAAUGACGGUGCCGAAAAAUGGGCAGGAUCAGGACCUGAAGAUCAAGAUCGCGUGUCGAAUGGACAAACCGCUCAACAUGAAACAUGGAGGCUACCUCUACUGUCUGGGCAAGACGUGCUGGAAGAAGUGGAAGCGGCGCUACUUUGUGCUGGUGCAGGUGUCACAGUACACGUUCGCCAUGUGCACCUACCGGGAGAAAAAGUCGGAGCCCACCGAGAUGAUGCAGCUGGACGGCUACACGGUCGACUACAUGGAGCCAGCCAGCGCUCAACUCAUGGUUGGAAUGGACCUGGAGGGCGGACGAUUCUUCUUCAACGCCGUGCGCGAGGGUGACGGCAUCCUGUUCGCGUGUGAGGACGAGAACGAGUGUCACCUGUGGGUGAUGGCCAUGUACCGCGCCACCGGACAGAGCCACAAGCCCACGCCGCCCGUCAUGUCGCAGGGAAAGAACACGACGCUCUCCAAACUGCAGGGAGAUGCUGACCGGGCGCGGAAGCACGGCAUGGACGAGUUUAUAUCGGCCGACCCGUGCAAGUUCGACCACGCCUCGCUGUUCCAGUUCCUGCAGGCGCUCACUCUGGACCACCGGCUCAACGAGCCCAUCGCCUCGCUGGGCUGGCUGAGUCCGGGCCAGGUGUUUGUGAUGGACGAGUACUGCGCCCGGUACGGCGUGCGUACCUGCUUCCGCCACCUAGCCUUCUUGCGCGACCUGCUGGCGCACAGCGAGAAGGGCACCAUGAUCGACCCCAUGCUGAUCCACUGCAGCUUCUCCUUCUGCGCCAGCCACGUGCACGGUAACAGCGUCCAGGAGGAUGGGAGCAUCAGCAUCGGACCGGACGGCGUCGGUAGCGUCCUCCACGAGGAGAAGGACAAGUUCCAGGAAAUCAAGGAGCAGCUGGACAUGCUGCUCGAGAACCAGAUCGCUAACUUUAGGGUUUACUUCCCGUUCGGCCGGCCGGAGGGUGCGCUGAAGGCUACACUGGCACUGCUCGAGUGCGUGCUCCACAAGGACAUGGUGAUGCCGCCCUCGCAGGAUGAGGUGCGCGGCGUUAUCAAAAAGUGCCUGGAGAACGCCGCGCUGGUCAACUACACUAAACUGUCGGCUGACACGCGGAUAGAAGAUGCCGGAUCAGGGGUGGCAGACGAGCUGACGGGCGAGGUGGUGGUGCCGCCCAGUAAGAAGUUAGAGGAUCUGACCCAUCUGGCCGACCUGUGUGUCGACCUGCUGCAGCAGAACAACGAACAGUACUCAGAGGCCUUUCGAACGGACAAAGCGUUCGCGUGGUUCAGCGACCUGCUGGUGGAGCACGCCGAGAUCUUCUGGUCGCUGUUCGCCGUCGACAUGGACCAGGUGCUCUCGGAGCUGCCCCCGGACGCCUGGGACGCCUUCCCGCUGUUCCAGAUUCUCAACGAUUACCUACGAACAGACGAUAAUCUGAAGAACGGUCGAUUCCACCAGCACCUGCGGGACACGUUCGCUCCAAUAGUGGUGCGCUACGUGGACCUCAUGGAGUCAUCAAUCGCCCAGUCCAUCCACAAGGGCUUCGAGCGCGAGCGCUGGGAGCUCAAAGGGAACGGCUGUUCGACGUCGGAGGACCUGUUUUGGAAGCUGGACGCGCUGCAGGCGUUCAUCAGAGACCUGCACUGGCCCGACGCCGAGUUUGGCUCUCACCUGGAGCAGAGGCUCAAGAGGAUGGCCUGCGACAUGAUCGAGAGCUGUAUACAAAGGACCGAUCAGGCGUACCAGCAGUGGCUGAAGAAGGGCGUCGGCUUCGUCUCCACCGACUACAUCGUGCCGACCGACAUGUGCGCCAUGAUCAACGUCAUCCUGGACGCCAAGAACCAGUCGCUCAAGCUGUGCGCCGUCGACGGGGUCGAUGUGCACCAGUAUCACACCAAGAUCGACGACCUGAUCGAGCGUACACUCUCUGGCAUGGUGUCGGGCCUGGUGGCCAAGCUGGUCUCGGUGCUGGAGGCUGUCAUCGCCAAGCUGGGUCGCUACGACGAGGGCAGCUUGAUCGGCAGCAUCCUCAGCUUCACGUACAAGCAGAACGUAUCCGGAUCGGGUCGUGACCUGGGCCAGUCGUACGUGACCUUUACCAGAAACUGUAUGGACCAGAUCCGUCAGAAGGUCAGCGACGAGCUCUGGAUCCUCAAUGUGUUCGAGAUCUGGUACACGCAGCAGAUCCAGCUGCUGUGCACGUGGCUCUCAGACCGGCUCGACCGAUCCCUGCACCCCUAUCAAGUCAUGUGCCUGGCCCACAUCGUCAAGAAGUUGUACAGCGACUUCGAGCUACAAGGCGUGACGGAGGACAAGCUGAACAGCAAGACGUACCAGACAAUUCUGCAGCGGAUGCAGACGGAGGAGGCCACGUGCGCACUGCUCGAGGGCAGCCGCAGAGACGAAGAGGAGUUCCCGGACGGCGCAGGGGACGAGGAGGACGGCAGUCGGGCGCGCGGACCCAGCCUCUCGGUGCGCGAGUCGCUGGCGGCCGAGGACGGAAACGUGGCCGCUAAGGUGGCCAACGUCACUUCCAAUGUUGUGGGCAAGGUGGGCAAUAAGGUGGGCGGAGUGCUGGGCGGCUUCUCCAAGGGUCUGGGCGGCCUGGGCAGUCGACUGGGCGGCGCCGGGGGUGGCUUCUUCUGAGCACCGCCGUCCGUCCGUCCGGGGUCAACCAUAAUGCAGAGAGACUGACCCGGAGUCGGCGGCAGGCGCGCACCGCCGGGCCCGCUGUUCCAAAUCAACUUUGUGAUCAUGUGUGUCGCGUGCGUGCAAGUGCAGUCCGUGAGCGGUGGCGGCGGCCGCAGCGCGCUGGUUUUGUACCGACACAAUAUCUCGAUGUUCGGCGGCGGAGGUGAUCUUAUGACGUCACGGUUCGGUCCGGUGACGUCAGCGCGCGUCCGGUGACGCGCACGGUCCGUAGAGUUAGUCCCUCCUGAUCUCCGGUGUCCAGUGAAAGGAACCCGCUUUCUCAUGCUCUCUUGUUCAUCUGGGCUUACCUUCUACAGUCUGCAUAAUCCUCUGAAAAGAAUGGCAGCUAAAUUCUAUCCACUGCUGACGUUGGCCCCUAUGAGCUUGGACGUUGAAUAUCCUGCCCUAGCCAUCCAAUAAUGAUACGCCAGCAGAAUGACAUUCCUACGGGGAUAGAACGAGAGUGGAGACAUUCCAUGACAUUAGCUAGAGGAUCGUUAUCAGAGUUGAUGCUCGCAUAUUCGCCGAGUCCAGUCAUCGAACGUGCCGACGAUGUUGAGGGCGCUUGUUGGCUGCUGCAGACAUUUACGCCUUGUUGGACUAUGGCGCAUUUUAGAGACUCGAUACAGAAUGAUUGGCGAUAUGCCCUAUCGCACAAUUAACAAUCUACGGAAAGUCCACAGGUGGAGUGGCGGAUGCUGUCCGUUGUUUCACUCGGCGAUAGCCCUGUUACGAGUGUGACUGCGGUUAGCCGUUUGAACGAUUUGCCCUAUUUUACUGACAGUCAUCCAGUCUAUAUCUAGCCUCCGCUCUUUGGCGCCGUUCUCUGGCGUCGCUGCAUGACUUUUCUCGUCUACGGGAGUGAGUGACGUUAUUUGACGCGACUAUAGGGACGCUGGCGCGGCGUCCGCGGCGCGUUGGCGGCGCGCGCGCGACGUUUGCCGGCGGCCGGGCGGCGGCGCCGUCGGUGGCCUUGGAUCGGAGCGAGGCGGCGCGAGUUCCCGUAGGGCUGUUGUAGGGUGGCGUCGGCUCGGGGCCGCCGCCGGGGCCGGUGACUUUGUACACAGUGUUAUGAUUUGCCUUACGAGCUCUGCCGAUAGCCGCCAUAGCUCCGGUCGCCGUUGUCUCGUGCCGUUUUGAACUCGCUACCAGCGGCCCAGAGAGGGAAGGAAGGCGGCCCGCCGGCUCGCCGCUCAUCUAACUGUGUGCUAUCAUGCUUUUCCAGCGGGCCAAAUUCCCAAAUAUAAUCAGACAUGUUA